AUGUCUGAGUCCGCAAAAUCUAAAGCUGCUGCUAAGACUCUUGAAGCUGAAGAGGAAGUUCAAAAAGUAUUAAAUAGUUUUUCUCAACAACAACUGCUUCCUAUCUGCAGUAAAUCAGAGCAAAACCGCUGUGAAGCCUGGUCUAACUCAGAUAUAUCCACAUCCGCACCUGCGGCAUUCACUGCUUCAACAGUUGCCACCGUCAUUCCUGCUGCCGUAGCAU